AUGGCGGGGGCGCCGCGCGGCCAAGGCGGCGGCGGAGGCGCGGGCGAGCCCGGGGGCGCAGAGCGGGCGGCCGGGCCGGGCGGCCGGCGCGGGCUCCGGGCGUGUGGCGAGGAGUUCGCGUGCCCCGAGCUGGAGGCGCUGUUCCGCGGCUACACGCUGCGGCUGGAGCAGGCGGCCACGCUGAAGGCGCUGGCGGUGCUCAGCCUACUGGCGGGAGCCCUGGCGCUGGCUGAACUGCUGGGCGCACCGGGACCCGCGCCUGGCCUCGCCAAGGGGUCUCACCCGGUGCACUGCAUCCUCUUCCUGGCGCUGUUCGUGGUCACCAAUGUCCGAUCCCUGCAGGUGCCCCAGCUGCAGCAGGUCGGUCAGCUGGCGCUGUUCUUCAGCCUCACCUUCGCGCUACUCUGCUGCCCCUUCGCGCUGGGUGGCCCGGCGAGGGGCUCUGCGGGAGGCGCCGUGGGAUCCGCGGUUGCUGAGCAGGGGGUUUGGCAACUCCUUUUGGUCACCUUCAUAUCCUAUGCCUUGCUGCCCGUGCGCAGCCUACUGGCCAUCGGCUUCGGGCUGGUGGUGGCUGCCUCUCACUUACUGGUCACAGCCGCCUUGGUCCCUGCCAAGCGCCCACGUCUCUGGAGGACGCUCGGUGCCAAUGCCCUGCUCUUCGUGGGUGUGAACAUAUAUGGCGUCUUCGUGCGGAUCUUGACGGAGCGCUCACAGAGGAAGGCCUUCCUGCAGGCUCGAAGCUGCAUUGAGGAUCGGCUGCGGCUGGAGGAUGAGAACGAGAAGCAGGAGCGGUUGCUCAUGAGCCUCUUGCCCCGGAAUGUCGCCAUGGAGAUGAAGGAAGACUUCCUGAAGCCCCCAGAGAGGAUUUUCCACAAGAUUUACAUCCAGAGGCACGACAACGUGAGCAUCCUGUUUGCAGACAUCGUGGGUUUCACAGGUCUGGCGUCCCAGUGCACCGCCCAGGAGCUGGUGAAGCUGCUCAAUGAACUCUUCGGCAAGUUCGACGAGUUAGCCACGGAAAACCACUGUCGCCGCAUCAAGAUCCUUGGGGACUGCUACUACUGUGUGUCGGGCCUCACCCAGCCCAAGACCGAUCACGCCCAUUGCUGUGUGGAGAUGGGACUUGACAUGAUCGAUACCAUCACAUCCGUGGCUGAGGCUACUGAAGUGGACCUGAACAUGCGUGUCGGGCUACACACCGGCAGGGUCCUCUGUGGAGUCCUGGGCCUACGCAAGUGGCAGUACGAUGUCUGGUCUAAUGACGUGACCCUGGCCAAUGUCAUGGAGGCUGCUGGCUUACCUGGGAAGGUUCACAUCACAAAGACGACCCUCGCGUGCUUGAACGGGGACUACGAGGUCGAGCCAGGUCACGGCCACGAGAGGAACACCUUCCUGAGAACUCACAACAUCGAGACCUUCUUUAUUGUGCCAUCCCAUCGGAGAAAGAUAUUUCCUGGCUUGAUUCUCUCGGAUAUCAAACCAGCCAAGAGGAUGAAGUUCAAGACUGUCUGCUACCUGCUGGUGCAGCUCAUGCACUGCCGGAAAAUGUUCAAAGCUGAGAUCCCUUUCUCCAACGUGAUGACCUGUGAGGACGAUGACAAGCGGAGGGCACUGAGAACAGCCUCGGAGAAGCUCAGAAACCGCUCAUCUUUCUCUACCAACGUGGUCUACACCACCCCGGGCACACGUGUCAACAGGUACAUCAGCCGUCUUCUUGAAGCCCGCCAGACAGAGCUGGAGAUGGCAGACCUGAACUUCUUUACCCUGAAGUACAAACAUGUCGAACGAGAGCAAAAAUACCACCAGCUUCAGGAUGAGUACUUCACCAGCGCCGUUGUCCUCGCCCUCAUCCUGGCUGCCUUAUUUGGGCUUGUCUACCUUCUGAUAAUUCCACAGAGUGUGGCUGUCCUGCUGCUGCUGGUGUUUUCUAUCUGCUUCUUGGUGGCCUGUAUCCUGUACCUGCACAUCACGCGGGUCCAGUGUUUUCCAGGGUGCCUGACGAUCCAGAUUCGCACCGUUUUGUGUGUGUUCAUAGUGGUCUUAAUCUACUCAGUAGCUCAAGGAUGUGUGGUGGGCUGCCUGCCCUGGGCCUGGAGCUCUCAGUCCAAUAGCUCCCUAGUGGUCCUUGCAGCUGGCGGCCGGCGCACUGUGCUGCCUGCCCUGCCCUGUGAGUCUGCACACCAUGCCCUGCUCUGCUGCCUGGUGGGCACCCUCCCACUAGCCAUAUUCCUGCGGGUGUCCUCCUUGCCAAAGAUGAUCCUGCUGUCUGGGCUGACCACAUCCUACAUCCUUGUCCUGGAGCUCAGUGGAUACACCAAGGUUGGGGGCGGUGCCCUCUCUGGGCGCAGCUAUGAGCCAAUCAUGGCUAUCCUGCUGUUCUCAUGCACACUGGCCCUGCAUGCCAGGCAAGUGGAUGUUAGACUGCGGCUGGACUACCUCUGGGCAGCACAGGCUGAAGAGGAGCGGGAUGACAUGGAGAGAGUAAAACUGGACAACAAGAGGAUCCUCUUCAACCUCCUGCCCGCCCACGUCGCACAGCACUUCCUCAUGUCCAAUCCCCGGAACAUGGACCUCUAUUACCAGUCCUAUUCCCAAGUGGGCGUCAUGUUCGCCUCCAUCCCCAACUUCAAUGACUUCUACAUCGAGCUGGACGGCAACAACAUGGGGGUUGAGUGUCUGCGGCUCCUCAAUGAGAUCAUUGCCGACUUCGAUGAGCUCAUGGACAAGGACUUUUACAAGGACCUGGAGAAGAUUAAGACCAUUGGGAGUACCUAUAUGGCUGCCGUGGGGCUGGCGCCCACAGCAGGAACCAGGGCUAAGAAGUCGAUCUCUUCCCACCUGAGCACGCUGGCAGACUUUGCCAUCGAUAUGUUUGAUGUCCUGGAUGAGAUCAACUACCAGUCCUACAACGACUUUGUUCUCCGAGUCGGCAUCAACGUUGGCCCUGUGGUGGCAGGAGUGAUCGGCGCUCGCAGACCCCAGUACGACAUCUGGGGAAACACAGUCAAUGUGGCCAGCCGGAUGGACAGCACUGGGGUCCAGGGCAGAAUCCAGGUGACUGAGGAGGUCCACCGGUUGCUGAAGAGGUGCGCAUACCAGUUUGUGUGCAGAGGCAAAGUCAGCGUCAAGGGGAAGGGAGAGAUGCUAACGUACUUUCUAGAAGGCAGGACUGAUGGAAACAGUUCCCAUGGCAGGACCUUCCGCUUGGAGCGGAGAAUGUGUCCUUAUGGGAGAGGCCAGCCCAGACGGCCCCCACUAUGUCCUGGAGCUGGACCCCCGAUGAGGCCGGGGCUUCCCCCAGCCCCCGCUGGUCAGUUCCUGCCGUCCACAGCAGCAGGGAAGGAAGCCUAGUGGAGCCCAUGGGCCACUGGAGAUGCAUGCAAAGCAAGAAUGCUCCAGGGUGACAUAAGCCAUCAUGGCUCCAGCCAAGACCGGCCAGAGGAGCAGUUGCUAAGUGGCUGGGCUGGAGAAGAAGCAUCGUCUAGAUGUGGCCUGAGGCCAAUGGGAGAUGUGCCCAAGCUACCCACUUGGGGCGUAUGGAACCCUGUCUCUUCCUAGUGACCUGGUUAUGCCUGGCUAGUGCUGGCAUCGGUGGGACCUUGGGAAUAUCUUCCAUGGUCAUAGCAAAAGCUGUGGAGGUCCAUCUGGCAGAGGAGCCCACCAUGACUGAGCCCCAAGUCAACCUGGCUUAUGGCUGGCUCUAGCCCUGGUAGGCCCUGGCUUAUGGGUGGCUCAAACCCUGGCUAGAAGAUUCGAGUGCCAGACUGGGAAGUUGGCCCCGCUGGGCAGGGCCGUGACAGUUGAGUUGUUUAUACCAUGGGCACAGCUUAGAGCUCGUCAGGUCUUGGACAGGACAGGACAGGAAGAAUUGAAAAGCCACCUCUUACUGCAUGAAGAGGGACAUUGCCGGAUUUCCUCAAGAGUAGGCUUUUGUUACCAGCCAGAGGCAGGUCUUCUGGAAUCCUCAGGGGGCCCCACGGCCCCACUUCUAUCCUCCUGGCCUGUGCAUUCUCUUCCAACCCCACCCGCCUGCUGGUUUCUGACUCCUGUGACAGCGAGUCCUCUUCUCCUGUGCCGUCACCGCACAUUCAGAGAAGAGGGGUGUGUGCAGAUUUGCCUUCCCUGGGGUGUCUUGGACACUGUUAAGUGUCACAAGAAUCAAGCCUUCAUUUAUGCUGAGUGAUGGGCCCACUACACCCACGAGCACUUUCCUUGCUGGAAGACAUCAUUUCUCUGACAUAACCAGUCCUCCUCCUGGGGGUUUCGGAGUUGGCAGAGUGUGUGUUCCUGAGUCUUAAGUGUGGUAUCCCUGCUCCCGAGUGAAGAAGGGAGUCUCCCAUCUGCGUUUCCCCACGACUGCCGCUGAGAUGAAAAUGGAGAGUGUGGGCAACAGGAGUCUGAAAGAGCUGCUAGGAAGCAAUGGGCCCGGAAUAGCUGGAUGAAACCUGGCUUCUGGAGAUACUCAGCCUCACUCACAGGAAGGGAGGCAGCCUGAAACAGGGCAGGUGGGCGUAAGCCCUGCCUGCUCACGGCUGUAGAGGCCCAUCUUCUCACUGCUCCCCAAGGACUUUCCCCUGCCUAAGGUCCUGUCUUCUUCGACUAGGGCAGAGCUUUCCCUGGCAGGGUGCAGAUGUGGGGUCCCUGGUUCCCAACUCAGCUCUGGCUCAAGUGUGUGGCCAUGCUGGGGCCUGGGCAGUUUCACAGGUCAGCCAGUGCCCAUCCUGGGAGACUCGGGCGAGGCUAGACUCAGGUGGCAUGUGGGUGGGAAGAAAGUGUCAAGCGAAGGAGAGAGGCAGAGGCUGCGUGCACAGUCUCCAAGUACCUGAGACUGUAGACUGCACUGCAGGUGCCCUAGGGUAGGGGUGAGGCAGCUGUGAAGACUGCAUAUUCUCUAUGGGCUGGAGCUUGUGGCUGAUGGUAAAGGUACCCUCUGGCACCUUCUGCAGAGGAACGUUGAC